CAUCUACAUCUCCAUCUCCAUCUCCAUUUACGUGUUUGUAUCUUGUAUCUUAUAUCCUAUAUCCUAUAUCCUACCUAUAUAUCCCACAUCGUAUAUCUUGUUCUCCAUCUCCAUCUCCAUCUCCAUCUCUCCUUGCCCUUCUCCUCCUAAUUGUUUUCUCUCCUCCCUCUACCGUUCAACCCUGCAUCUACUACGACCACAACAUCAGAUUCUCUAUUACUCCUUCGAGAUCAUGGCUUCUUCAUCUCAAGACCUCGCUGCCACCCCAGAAAACCAAACCAUCGUUCCACCCGCCCAAGCUCAAGCUGCCCAGAUUCCCCUACAAUCCUUCUCCCUCCCAACCUUCCCGCCAGAAGCCUUCACAGCAGGUCUCGGGUCACUUAUUCUAACCUCAGACAUCAAACUUACCGAGUACACGGAUCUUCUAGAGAAACCAUUCUCAAUUCCCGAACUCCCGACCUCUAUCAAGAGUUUAACCCUCGAGCUAUUCUCUCUAGGAUACCCUCCUGGUUUCCUCACCGCGCUAGGAAAGCGCCUACCCGAUCUCAAAUCUCUGACUAUCUACUCGCAACUCUUUGCGGGGACAAGCCCGGCGUCACGCGAAGAUGCCUUGACAUUCCUCCGGUUCCAGCCGGCACUCCAAGAGCUCCACCUCCUAGAUGUGUUUGGGUCUCCUGGGUUAUUCACCGAUCUGGCCAAGGCCUUGUCGCCGUGCCUCCGGUUCCUGGAGGUCAAUUACACAUAUCGCCAUUCGGACCCGGGGUUCUUGACCUCGGUCCCGUCCAAGGAAGUCUCGGCGUUGGUUUCGAAGGAGUUGGUCGGCCUGACCAUGAGCAUUUCUGCGCCUGAUAUUACGGACGAUGAAGAUGAUAUAGAGGGGACUGAGGUAGGCAUCAAGCCCGUCGCGGGGCAAGAUGCCAGGGAGUUCGCCACGAGGCUAGCUGAGGACAGUGAGGGGUUGGUGAUGCUGGAUGCGACAAUGUUCGAGCUGACUCCUAAAGAGGUGGAGGACAUCUUGGAUAAACAUGAAGGAAUAAAGGUUUUGGGGUUCACGGUGGGGUUGGAUGACAGCUGGGACGAGGCCCUUGAUAUGUUAGCCAAGAAGGAAAGAGGUUUUGAGGUCCUAGAAAUCGUGGCGGUUCCGAGAGAGGGUAUGGUUGAAAAAUUGAAAGAGGACCCGCAAGUCCAGAUCAGCAAGGGGUCGCUGGAUGCGCUUGGUCAGAUAUGCAAGGAGCUGAGAAGUAUCAAAUUUAGCAUUCUGAGGACGAAGCAAGAGCUGUGGACAAAGGAGGAUGGUGUGUGGGAAAAGAGGACCUGAUUGCCAGAGCUGGCCUGAACUCGUGAAAGUGGCUGGAAGUGGUUAGCCAUGUAGAGAUUUCAAUCCAACAUUGAAUCCAAGGAGAAUUGGCAGUGGUGAUAUACUGGACUGCCUCGCCAUGCCUUGUAAGUUGACUGCACGAUUACCCUUUCUUCCAUAAUUAGCAACGCCCAACAGUCACCCAGGUGCGAGAUGAACAUGACUUCCAACGGGCGUUAGUCAAUCAGAGACCUCCAUGUAUCGAGGCCCCUGUAAUCUGAUAUUUCCAAACUCGUCUAAAAGCGUCUAAAUCGUCUAAAUCGUCUAAGCUUCAUACUCCAAUAUAUAACUCGGAGUCAGAUCAUCGUUAUUUUACCCAGCAGCAUUCCUAUUCUGGGCAUCCUCGACCGCUUGAUCCCAAUCUGCUUGAUACAGGAACCAUCCUUC